GUGGAGACCAUCACAGUGCACCGGGAAGGCGCUAGUAAACAUGCGGACUUAACGGAAUUAGGGGACAAAGCCCUGUCGUCCUAUCCUGAACCUCAUCGUGUAGUCAAUGCUGAGGACUGUGCAAGUGCUUGAGACAGCGAGUCCCUAGUAUUUCUUCGUUGCACAGGCUUCAUGACAAUUUCGUCAUUGGUGACGGAUUUUCGCCCUUAUCUCCAGAAGCCGAAACACGCUUGGAUCUACUUAAAGCACCGAAGGUUCACGGCCAUUUCCUCGCUGGUUUACAGAAGAACUUGACCUCUCAGCAUCAAACGCUAGCAACACAAAAUGUCGAGCGAAGCCACUUUCCCAAGGAUCAAGUAUCAGAAUUUAGGAAGCAGCGGCCUCAAGGUGUCGAAGGUAAUCCUUGGCUGUAUGUCCUAUGGCUCACCGAAAUGGCAAGAAUGGGUAUUAGACGAGGAGAAGUCGCUACCACUGCUCAAGCAUGCUUACGACUGCGGCAUCAAUACCUGGGACACUGCCGACGUCUACAGCAAUGGUGUAUCCGAGGAGAUCGUUGGCAAAGCUCUCAAGGAAUACAACAUCCCUCGACCCAAAGUGGUCAUGCUCUCAAAGUGCUUCAUGCGAUCGACGGGUGACGGGACCCAGCCACCGAUCGCUGCUGGUCUCGAGAAUGAUGGCGAGAACGUGAAUCUGGUCGGCCUAUCUCGCAAGCAUAUCUUCGAUGCAGUUGAGGCAAGUGUCAAGCGGUUAGGCACAUACAUCGAUGUACUUCAGAUCCACCGCCUGGACCGGGCUACGCCAAAGAAGGAGAUUAUGCGGGCUCUUAAUGAUGUGAUUGAAAAAGGAUGGGUUAGGUACAUCGGUGCUUCCACGAUGUGGUGCUGGGAGUUCCAGGAGCUUCAAUGGAUCGCAAAGACAAAUGGCUGGCAUGAGUUCAUCUCCAUGCAAAACUACAACAACCUCAUCUAUCGUGAAGAAGAGCGCGAGAUGAUACCAUACUGUCGUGCCACGGGUGUCGGCACAAUACCUUGGUCACCUGUCGCUCGAGGAGCACUGUGCAGACCAUGGGGCGAGCGUACCACGAUCCGCGAAAAGACUGACGCCGCCUUAAAGAGGCUGGUGCGAAACACCGAGGACGAAGUGGACAAGACGAUCAUUGACCGCGUUGAGGAGGUGGCGAAGAAACACGGCGUGUCUAUGACCUGCAUUGCCACAUCUUGGUCCAUCAAGCAAGGCCAUUGUCCAAUCAUCGGCCUCAACAGUAAAGAGAGAAUUGAGGAAGCAGUCAAGAACUCGGAGUUCCAGCUGAGCGAUGAGGACGCAAAGUAUCUAGAAGAGCCAUACAGGCCCAAGGCGGUUAUUGGGCUUUGAGGAGGCGGUGUGGGGCGCCUGCCGUAGAAGUGAAUGGACAUGUUCGAGAUUGCACGCGUAACUGCCAUAGCUACGCGUGAAUGU